UUCCCCUCGUCCCCCUCGUCUUCCUCGACGCCGUCGAGCUCAUCGUCGCCCGUCACCCCCCUUGUCGCCCACCACGUCGGCCACAACCUCGUUUGUCACAUACGAUCGUCCAUCUCGCUCAGUUCCCGCAGCGACUUCAAUCUCCCCCUCCGCAUCUGUUAGUGUAAGGAACAUGGCAAACCCUUCGUCCUCCCACCACGACCGUGACCGCGAGCGUGAACGCGUGAUUCGAGAGCGCUCGCACCACCAUCACCGAACAAUCUCAUCGACAACACUUCUGCUCAUCCUUUCGCUCGUCCUUGCGGUUCUCGCAGUCAUGCUCUCUCUGCCCUCAACCCGAGGAGCAGGCUCUGCCGCCUCUAAUGCCAUGGAUGCUCUCCGUGGUGGUGGUGGUGAUUCGACGACUAACGGUGCUGGUCUUUGGGGCUCUUUCUUCAACCCGCGUCGCUCUGAGGCUCUCGUUGCUCGUGAACACACAGUCGCCAAGCGAGAAAGUGAAGUCGCUCAACGUGAAGCUGAGAUUCUUGCUGGGGCACUCGCUACCUGCCAGCCUUAUGCAACCGUAACUGAGUACAUCGAGAAUGCCCUUCCUGUACAAACCAUCUACAAGGAAGUUAUCCAUCACACCGAAAAUGGUGUUGUUCCUGUACCCCUGCCGACUCACGACACGAAUACGAGCGAACUGACGAAGCGUAUCGAGGAUCUCAUUCAGCGCGAAACUAAGGUCGCUGAUCGUGAAAAGGACAUGGGCCGUCGCGAAGAGAUUUUGAACCGCCGCGAGCACGACGCGCAGCGUCGCGAGGCGUGGAUCAUUGAACAGCUCAUUGCACUCGGCGGUGAUCCACAGGUGAUUGAGGAGGAGUAUGUGAUCGACACGCCAGCGGGUGGAAAGCGCAAAAUCAAGGUACCUCCUACCAAUCCCCGCCGCUCCGAGCUCUGAGACGAAGGAGGGCUUAAGUCUCCCGUAUAUUCCUGCCUUCUUCAACUUGUACGGAUCGUUCCCUCUCCUUCGUCUGGGGUUCGGGACGGUCCCUCCUCCCUACCCCCACCAGUAUCAGGACUUACUGACCUCUGUGUUGUCUUUCGGUUUAGGCGUUUCCCCCUCCCCCUUCUGACAAGCCAGUGACAUACACCGAUAAACGUUCCGUACCCCUGCCGCCGCCUGCUGCGAGUUCUAGUGCUGCUCCGGCCCCUGCUAGCACUCGUCCUGCCGAGUUCCCUCGUCCGGUCUCUUUCAGUGCACCAUCCGAGCCACCAAGCAUUCCUACGACCAUAUCCGAGAUCAUCUAUGAGAAUGUACCGCUUUCUGCUGAACCAGAGUACGAAGAGGAGGAAGAGGAGACAAUCACCCUUCGUCGUGCACGCAAUCCCUUGCGUCGACGGCUUUGGUAAACGGCUCGCAUGCAUUUUACAUACUUAGUUGGAUGGAUAUUUUUAAUGAAAUGAACUCAUGACUCCCCCACUCCCCUACCCCUCCCACUCUGGCGGCGUGGUCCGCGACGCACAUCGAUGUAUUGUUGCUGUCUUGUUGGCUUUCCUUUUCCUUGCUCGUCUUGGAUUCCUUAGACUUGUUUCGCCUCUGCGAGAUGGGUUUUCUGUCUUGUCUUACACAACUGUACUGCCUUUUCCUAUUACUACUACCACUACUUACAGCGAUACCUAUCCUCAUCAAUUAUAUCAUUUUACUUACACUAUCAGUCCUCACGAACAAUUGGAAUUGACUUGCAUGAGCUCAAUGCCUGAUGUCUUUUAUC